AUGAUCAUUUCCAAGGAAAGAGCAGCCACACUUUACCAACAGAUUUCAACUGACGUGCAAAGAUCGCUGGGCAAGAAAUUGAUUGCAAAUGUCCAACCAUGCCCUGGAGAUGUCAUCUUGGAUUUAGGCUGCGGCACCGGAGAGUUGUCGGCUUAUCUGGCGGAGCUUGUAGGGCGAGGUGGAAAAGUGGUAGCCGUCGACCCUGACAUUUCUCGGAUAAAAUUGGCCCAGGAAUCACACGGAGAAAUCAGUAAUCUUGCCAUUCACGAAGGAAGCGCCUCAAACUUUCCAGGAAUGGAUUCAGAGUGUUACGACAUCGUAUUAUGCAACUUUGUCCUUCACUGGAUUCAGGACAAACAAGAAGCCUUCAGGAACAUGUUUCAGAGCUUUAAACCAGGCGGGAAAAUUUUGGUAUCGUACGGAGAUUCAUUGGCUAUCAUGUUUGAGCGCUUUUUUAAAGAACUCAUCCCAGAGAACUGUGACGCUUUACUUAGCAAGUGGAACUUCGUGAAGAAGUCAAAGAUUGAAGAGAUGUGUGCAGCUGUCGGCUUUGAUAUCGUAAAGAGUUACGACGUGAAAAAUGAUGCCUAUGUAUUCAAAAACAAAGAAGGUAUGAUUUCGUUUUUCUGGGCAAGUUCUCACGGCGCAUUUGAUCCGCAGCUGAUAACGAAGGACAGACUGGCAAGUUUCUGUGCUCAGUAUACAAGUGGGGAAAACUCUUCACCAUUUAAGUUGUAUCCUGGUGAAGGUGAUUGUUAUUGUGUGUUGGUCGCAGCCAAACCGGUGUAAAGAGAAUAGUUUACAGCUGCAGGCUUCUUUGGAGCUUGCUAACUUAAUCAUUUCUUUGAUUGUUAUGGACCUUCAUUUUUUAAUGUAUCUCGACAUAUGGC